CACACACAUAUCCCACACAUAUUCUUUCUCCCUGUGGGCCAAGCACCUGUAUAAAGGAAGAUAAAGUUUUUGGGUUAUCAGGACCAGCAGUAGGCCUUUCGAGAAUGGCGAUCACAGUAGGGACUGAUACAAAACCAGUUGAGGGACUCGGAGGAGAUGGAUUGGUCCAUGAGAGAGGUGAUAUCGAGAAAGACACCCAGAGUGUGGAAUAUCUACCCGGCUACGAUGUCAGACAGAACGAUCAGAACGACCCGUUUGGCAAUGAAGAGUUCGCGGACGUCAAGUACAAAGUGAUGACUUGGUGGCAAUGCGGAAUGAUCAUGAUUGCGGAGACCAUUUCCCUCGGGAUUUUAUCAUUGCCUUCGGCGGUGGCAGCUUUGGGCCUGGUUCCUGCUAUCAUAAUCAUUAUUGGGUUGGGCAUAUUAGCGACCUACACUGGAUACGUUAUCGGCCAAUUCAAGAUGAGGUAUCCGCAUGUCCAUAACAUGGCGGAUGCCGGAGAAAUCCUCUUUGGGCGCAUUGGACGUGAGAUUCUUGGAGGAGCCCAGCUUCUCUUCCUGAUAUUCAUCAUGGGCAGCCAUGUGCUCACGUUCAUUGUGAUGGCAAAUACCAUCAGUGAUCAUGGAACCUGCAGCAUUGUAUAUGGCGUUGUGGGCAUGAUCGUCUCGCUCAUCUGCACGUUGCCACGGACGUUGAAGAACGUAUCCUGGCUAUCGAUUUCAUCGUUCAUCAGUAUCUUCGCUGCGGUGAUGAUAACUAUGAUCGCGAUCGGUAUCGAGCGGCCGGGAAAACAGGUCGACGCCACGGUCGAAGCAAGCUUCUAUCACGCUUUCCUCGCGGUGACGAACAUCAUCUUUGCAUAUGCCGGUCACGUUGCCUUCUUCGGGUUCAUCUCUGAGCUGAAAGAACCCGAAGGGUAUCCCAAAGCCUUAUACUUGCUCCAGACGACAAAUACCAUACUAUAUACCGUCACUGCGGUGGUGAUCUAUAGAUAUGGAGGAAGAGAUGUCGCCUCUCCAGCACUGGGGUCCACGGGCCCUAUCGUCCGAAAAGUAGCGUAUGGGAUUGCCAUACCGACGAUUGUGAUCGCUGGUGUGAUCAAUGGCCACGUUGCCGUGAAGUACAUAUAUGUGCGGAUUUUCCGCGGCACUGAUCACAUGUCCAAGAGAAACUUCCUCUCGAUUGGCACCUGGGUUGGUCUUGCAGUACUGUUGUGGGUGCUCGCUUGGAUUAUCGCAGAGGCGAUCCCGGUGUUCAACAACCUCCUAAGCUUGAUUACCGCGCUGUUUGCCAGUUGGUUCACUUACGGACUUAGCGGCGUUUUCUGGCUCUAUCUGAACUACGGCAAGUACACAUCAUCGCCGAGAAAGAUAUUCCUCACGGUGUUGAAUGUGUUUGUGUUUUGCGCAGGUGCUGCAAUUUGCGGAUUGGGCCUGUAUGUCUCCGGACGGGCAAUACGCGAGAGUUCCAGCGGCGCUUCAUUUUCAUGUGCGAACAAUGCCUGAGUCAUGUUACCGUGAAGCGUUGCAUUUUUUUUUUCUUUUUUUCCCUUAAUGGACUGGUUUUGAAUUUGUCCACAUCCUCGCAUCUGACACUAUCCGGUUCGGCGAACGGCGAACCAAAUUAUCCUAACACCGAGGCCGAAUGAUACCCCAUGAGCAGUUGUAAGAUAGAGCGACAUGUAUAUAGAGCUACCUAGAAAGCAUGGAUUACUACCCUUUUUU